AUGUCUUACGAUUAUGAUGAGAAUACUGUUGUAGAUGAGUUUUCGUCUAUGGCUAUCCAUUCAAAUGGUCCAGAUGGUGGUGGUGCCAAACUUUAUGUGCCUCCUCAUUUGCGAAAUCGUGGAACUUCAGAUGGUCUCGCAGACUCUGUAAAUGAUUUUAGUCAAUUUAGUCGCCCUUCCCGUGGUAUUGGUGGUGAUAACUUUCGUGGACGUCCUUUUCGUGGUUCGUAUAGUAACAGGGGAUCAAAAGUUGGGAACGAAAGGCAGCAAUCUGACUCACGGUGGUCAAGCUUCAACAUGAAUACUCAGUCACGGGGUGGUCAUUCUACUUUGGGGUCAAAUGUUCCCAGACGCAGUUGGAAUGCACCCACUGAAGACUGGACUCAACAGUUGCCACGAAACGAGCGUACAGAACAAGAGCUUUUCAAGAAAGUGAGCGCAGGCAUAAACUUUAACCAAUACGACAACAUUCCUGUAAAUGCAACGGGGCCAAACUUUAACGACAGUGCAUCAACUAUAUCUUCAUUUACCGAACUUUCACUUCAUAAAAUUGUACGUGACAACGUUGAACUGGCCAACUAUGAGCGUCCUACACCAGUACAAAAGCAUGCUAUACCAAUAAUUGCAUCAGGUCGGGACCUAAUGGCAUGUGCACAAACUGGUUCAGGAAAAACUGCUGCAUUCCUUAUUCCAAUCCUAAACAACAUGAUUAAGCAAGGUCCCGGUGAUUCUAUAUGUGCCACUAUAAACAACAACCGAAGAAAACAGUUCCCUGUAGCUCUUAUACUGGCUCCAACUCGCGAAUUAGCAUCGCAAAUUUUUGAUGAUGCCCGAAAGUUUUCCUAUAGAUCUCUUAUCAGACCAUGUGUUCUUUACGGUGGUGCUGAUAUGAGAACGCAGUUGAUGGAGUUGUCCGAAGGCUGUAAUCUGUUAGUUGCCACUCCAGGUCGACUAAGUGAUGUUUUAGAACGGGGUCGAGUCGGCUUAGACCAUUGUCGGUUCCUUGUUCUUGACGAAGCUGAUCGUAUGUUAGACAUGGGGUUCGAACCACAGAUUCGUCGUAUUGUGGAGCAAGAUGCUUUCCCACCUUCCGGCGAGAGACAGACGCUUAUGUUCUCGGCAACUUUCCCUAAUGAGAUUCAGAUUUUAGCUAAAGAUUUCUUAAGCAAUUAUAUAUUUUUGACCGUUGGACGUGUUGGGAGUACGAGUGAAAAUAUCACGCAAACGAUACUUUGGGUUGAGGAGAAUGCUAAACGAGAUACUCUAAUCGAUUUGCUUGCUCACUCAGAAGCAGGUACACUAACAUUAGUUUUUGUUGAAACAAGACGGGGUGCAAACGCUCUCGAAAACUAUUUAUACUCACAGAAGUUUCAGGUUGCCAGUAUACAUGGAGAUCGUACUCAGGAAGAUCGAGAAUUAGCGUUGUCUUGUUUUCGUUCGGGAAGAACGCCAGUGCUCGUUGCAACAGCUGUUGCAGCUCGUGGUUUGGAUAUUCCAAAUGUCAAGCACGUUAUCAAUUACGAUCUUCCGUCAGAUAUUGAAGAGUACGUACAUCGCAUCGGCCGAACUGGCCGUGUUGGAAAUCUUGGACUGGCUACUUCUUUUUUCAAUGACAAAAACCGCAACUUGGCCCGUGGUCUAGUUGAGUUGCUUGAAGAAGCUAAUCAGGAUAUCCCGCCUUGGUUGAAAGCAAUUACAGGAGACGCAAGGCCUACAAGUUUCCAACGUCCAAGAAACAAUCGUCGUGGCGGUUUUGGUGCUCGUGAUUAUCGACAAACUCCCUCACGUGGUGCUAAUAAUUCUAAUCGUCCUACUGGCCCAACGUCUAGAGACUAUGGAUUGCUUCGCGACAGUAGCUAUUACGAUUCACAACCAUGCUCGGUGUCACAGAGUUCUCCAGACUGGUGGGGCAAUUAG